GCCGAGCGAUGGCAGCCGGCUGCGAAAUGAAGCCCCUGCUCUUCCUCCUGGCUAUCCUGCAGCUCCUUGCUGCCACCGCUGCCGUGUACAAGCAGUGGAUCCCCAACACCAAUUUUGAAACUGCCUCCAACUGGGAUAAAGGCAGAGUCCCCUGUGCUAGGGAUGUGGUUCACUUUGAGAAGGACAAGGUUGUCUCAGUCUUCGUUGGGUCUCCCCAUGCACUGGCAGACAUGUACCUGCCCCUGAACGGAGAAUUCGUGCUGGCAGCUGGUGCAGCAUUCACAGCUUUCGAUGGCAGCUGGGAUCCGGGCUGUGACUCAGGUGGAGCAGUGAGGUUUGCUGAUGCUGAGCACCAUGCGUGGUUUGACCCCACGCUGUGGCAGGAUGUUCUCCCCAGCAGGGAGCUCAAGCCAAGCGGGCCCAUCUUUUCUGUGGACGAGGAGCGCGUCCCGUGCCGCUACGAUGAUGUUAUCUUCCAGCCCGAAACCUCCUUCCGGGUAAACACCGACUCAUGGCAGCCAGUGAUUCACCUCCGCAGCAUCUCUGUCAUGGGCCAGGAGCUGAACACCCCGUCAUCCUGGGCUGGGUACCUGGGGGGCCCCUCUGCCCCGCUGCAGUUUCAUGGCAAUGGCACUCUCCAGGUGACAGGCACUGGCUGUCCUGAUAAGUCUGGCUGUGCCUGUGGGAACGGCCCGGAUGGCCCCCGCAUCUGCGCAGCCCUGCUCAGGGCAUCAGGGAGGCAGUGCCCAGAGCCAGCGUGCCAGAGCCCUUUGCAGCCCCUUGGCCACUGCUGUGGGGUCUGUGGGGCCACCAUUAACCUGGAUUUCACUCCUGAGUUUGACCUGCGGAAGUACCAGGACAGAUUGGUCCAAGAGUUGCUGAGCCAGCCCAAAUACGCUGGUGUGCAGAUGGCCAUAUCCAAGGUGCACAAAGCACAGACCUUCCUGGGCAUCACAUCCCGGAGCACCACUCCUCUCAUCCAAAUCGUGCUGAUUGAUGACAGAGCAGGAGUGCAGGCGGGCACCGCUGCGGAGCAGCUGGCAGGAGACAUCAUGGAGAGCAUAGCACAGCACGGUGAAGAGCUUGGCAUUGCAAGUGGCAAAAUGGAAGUGGCCACUGGCAGCACUGCCAGCAGGCAAGAGGGGAGCCACCCAGUGAGCAGGAUCACAGCGGGGACAGUCAUGGGGCUCCUCUUCGCUCUCCUCUUCCUUGGAGGGAUCCUCUUUCUCUACAGGAAGGGAAAGCUGAGGAUGCCUGUCCUGCGCCCGCCCCGGCCCUGGGACAGACUGGAGGACCCGGUGUCCCCUGCACCAGCCAGUGACAAAGGCUUUGACAACCCCGUGUUCAACGUGGAGCCUCCAGAUGCUGACCUUGGAGAGGAGACACCUAAAGAUCUCCAGGUCUUCUACCUCAACCCUCUGUACGAUGCAAGUGAGACAGAGACCUGA